GGCAUUACAUGUGAAAUCUGAAAAAGGGACAUUCAGAGAUGAAGAGACAGGCUUUUUGCGGGCAAAGCCAAACCAAACAAUCCCGAAGGGUUCGAAAUCUGAACGCGAGGAUUUGAAAAUUUUUAGCCUUGUAGGGUAGUCCAGCUCCACCGCCGCCAGAGCCAGGUCAAGAACUCUAGGGGCACUGAAAAAAAAUAAAGGAAAAAAAAAUGGUGGUUAGGGUUUUAGCUUCGGUGGCUCUCUCCAAAUCUCAUCCCUUUAAGAAUCGGUUUUCCAAUGCUUUCGUCUUAACUCCCUUAUUCUCCAAAUACCCACUUCACAGAAUCAGUAGCAUGGGUGAUGUUAUAUGCAAGGUCUUUGGCCAGGAACAAUCUGCUUCUGCUCAACUCUAUGAUGUAAAAAUAUUUUCCCUUGUGGGGCAUCGAUGGAUUCAUUCAGAACCAUCGUUAAAAUCUGCUGAUGAAGAUUUGGAACCAUUGAAGCAGUCAGUAAAGAACGCAACUGUUGGCAGUGCUAGUGAUGCUAAAGUGAAGAGGAAAAAGCUCAAGGGAAAAAGAGCAGUUGUAAGGUGGUUGAAAUUCUUCAGGUGGAAGAAGAAGAAAGAUUAUGGAAGAAUGACUGCAGAUGAAAAAAUUCUCUACAAAUUGAGAAAGGCCCAAAAGAAAGAGGAAAAACUUGUUGAAGCUCUGAAGAAGAUUGAACCUAAAGAGACAUCAGAAACAAUCCAUGAUCCAGAAAUAUUGACACCAGAAGAACAUUUCUUCUUUUUAAAGAUGGGUCUCAAGUGUAAGAAUUAUGUGCCUGUAGGAAGACGGGGAAUCUACCAGGGUGUGAUCCUGAACAUGCACCUGCAUUGGAAAAAACAUCAGACUCUGAAGGUGGUGGUCAAGACAUUUUCACCAGAGGAGGUCAAGGAGAUUGCUGCCGAACUGGCAAGACUAUCUGGAGGCAUCGUGCUCGAUAUUCAAGAAGAUGACACAAUUAUUAUGUACAGAGGGAAGAACUAUUCUCAGCCGCCAACAGAGAUAAUGUCACCCAGGGUCACCCUCUCUAGGAAGAAGGCUUUGGACAAAUCUAUAUAUAGGGAUGGCCUUCGAGCUGUAAGAAAAUAUAUUCCAAAACUCGAACAGGACCUUAAGUUGCUUCAAACACAAGGUAAAAGUGUCGCUGAAAAUAAAACUGAUGCUGUUGAGGGGAUUGAAGGAACUGAAAUUGGAAUUAUUGACUUGAAAGGCAGUUCAAAGUUCAAAUCAAAGAUUUCUGAUAAGCUGAGAGAAAUUCUGGAUGGAAACAAGGAAUGCUCUGGGGAUGAUCCAAUAAUGGCAUCAGAUUCUGAAGAUCUGUCGGAUAUUUUUGAGACUGAAUCUGAAACAGAGACUGAGGAAAAGGUGGAACGACCUCUUUAUUUGGAUGCAUUCGAAAAGUUUCCAGUUGAAAAUGAUAGAGAACCAGAAGAUUUUGGGAUGCACCUUCGUCAAAUAUCUAUGGAAUCUAAAAGCGCCAAAUCAGUGAAAAAAGAAUCGGACUUGACAAAUUUUGAUGAGGUUGAUCGGAUAUUUAUGCAUGCUGCUUCACUUUUGAAGAAAAAGAGACGGUAGGAUGUUAACAAAAUAGUUACACAUUGAUACUGAUGUGGUUGAUUAGAUGUUUAUCUCCUCCUUAAAGGUGACGGUUGCAAGGAAAAUUUUCUUUGGUGCUUUCUUGGGCAUUCAAAACCAAUUAUAUGAAGGCAGAUAAUGCACUUGGGAAUUCUAAGAUGCUCGUGCACGCUCACGCUUGUUGGGUUUGUUUGGGCUUUGUAAUUGGUUUUCAGAAAUCGAAGAAUAUAUUCAUCGAAAAAACUCUAGCUUGGCUUUGUCUUUUCAUUUUAGGAAGGUCCUUAUGUCUUUGGACAACUACUUUCUUGGCAGCUUCUUGAGGGUUCAUUCUCCCCGCAAUAGUAACAUUCCGUGCAAUAUCUUCUACUUUUAUAGAUGGUGUGGAUCAGUUAAUACGGCAAAUUGAAGAGGCGGCGGCUAAGAAAAUAGACUAAUUGGUGAAAGAAGAAGCAGGGGUAUAAGAUGUACUGAGCUAAUGAUGUAGAAACAAAUGAUAUUUAAAGGAGGUAAUUUUAUUUUCUGUU